GUUCCUUUUUCGCAUCUCUUUUAUUCGUAGACAUCCUACCGUUGAUUAGCGUUUUUUCCGUUUGAGUAUCUUUUUGGUAUAUCACAUAAUGGCGGAAGUGACGGCUACCAUUCGUACCCGCAAAUUCAUGACCAACCGGCUUUUGGCCAGGAAACAAAUGGUCGUUGAUGUCUUGCAUCCCGGCAGAUCGUCCGUCCCCAAGAAGGAGAUCGCCGAGAAGUUGGCCAAGAUGUACAAAGUGACUCCCGAUGUUGUUUCCUGCUUUGGAUUCAGGACCAACUUUGGUGGUGGAAAGACCACUGGAUUUGCCCUUGUCUACGAUUCCAUGGACUUCCUCAAGAAGUUUGAACCUAAGCAUCGCCUAGCAUUGAAGGGUAUGUUCGAGAAGAAGAAGGUAUCCCGCAAACAGAGGAAGGAAAGAAAGAACAGAAUGAAGAAAGUCAGGGGCACCAAGAAGGCGAAGGUUGGAGCUGCUGCCAAGAAGAAAUAAGCCUUCAUUCAAAAUUGCUUCACGUAUGGGGUUUCCUGGUGCGAGUAAGGUGUACCUGUUGUCGUCUGGAAUUGUCAUCAUCAUCAAAGAUUCCGAGACGCGCCAAUACACUCUGCUAUUUGCCGGCUGCGAAAAAAUUGUUUUUUAUUAUUCUUUGCUUCGUCGCGGUAGGGCUUUGACCGUUAAUUACAACCAAAGAAGCUAC